CGACGCUGCCCUCCGACGGCAGGCUGGGCGCGCUGGCGCCGCCGGCCGCGCACACCGGCCGGCGCACCUCUAUCGUCGACGGGCUCAAGACCAGCCUGGCGCGACGGCUCUCCGUGUUCGGCGCCACCGUGCAAGACCAGAAAGAUCAUGAUGAGGAGGUGGGCGGGCGGCGCGACUCUGUCUUCCUGCGGCCGACAUCACCGCAGAGCGACGCCCAGCUGUUGCGACACGCCAUUCGAGACAACCCCUUCAACAAGCUACACUUCCGCUACAACCCGAACCUGAUCGACGAGGAGGACCAAGAGAUGGAGUCGCACCUGCGGCGGCGGCGCAUGAACGCGCGCCGCAUGUCCCAGAUGGUGAUGCUGCCGCCGACGGCGCAGACCAUGCUGGCCGGGCUGGCCGAGCAGGGCGAGAGCUCCGCGCAGGAUUCGCCGCUCUCGCGGGCGAGCACGCGCCGUCAGUCGCACCGCAUCCGCCGCUCGCUGAAGGAGACGCCGCCGGCGCGCAGCCGCAGCAACUCACUCCAGCCCUCGCAUCUUCAGAACGGUAACCAGCCGCCAGCCUUCGGAACGACCGCCCACAAGGCCUGGGUGGCCCCGUCGUUUGGCGGCGGCUCCUCAUCGGCAGAGCCGGCGCGCGACGCUGAGCGCGGCGGCCACACCAACCCCACAUUCGUCAUCACCGAGGAGUCGGACUUCGAGUCGGAGACGGCCACGCCGCCGGUCUCGGAGGUGUCGUCGGGCCGGCGGACGGGCGCCUCCAGCCCGCGGCGCUCCUCCGCCGAAUCUCGCGGCUCGCCGGCCGCGCACGACCGUCGCCGCGCGCCAGCAUCGACGCAUAUGUCGCCAGCCACGUCACCGGGCAGCGGUCGGAGCUCGCCAGAUUCGACCGUCUCGGCGCCGCUGCCGCUGCGACCGGUGCCGACCAUCUCGGUCACGGCGGACGAAGAGGAGCCGGCGUCGUCGGCCGUGACGGAGGAGAGUCCGCCCGACGACACGCCAGAGGUCUGCGUCAGUAAACUCUGA